AUGGCACCUGGGAAGCCUGGGAAGAGCACGGGGGCCACAGAGGACCCCUCUGUUACACUUUUCCGGGAGUACCUGAAGAUUGACACCAUCCACCCCAAACCUGACUAUGAUGCGGCCCUCCGGUUUCUGGAGCGCAUUGGCACUGAACUGGGCUUGGCCUGCCAGAAAGUGGAGGUGUACCAGGGCCGUGUGGUGCUGAUCCUGACCUGGCAGGGCACGAAUCCCCGCCUGCGCUCUGUCCUCCUCAACUCCCACACCGACGUGGUGCCCGUCUUCGAGGAGCACUGGACCUACCCACCCUUAGAGGCUGUGAAGGACUCUCAGGGCAACAUCUACGCCCGGGGUGCCCAGGACAUGAAGUGUGUCUCCAUCCAGUACCUUGAGGCCAUCCGGAGGCUGAAGGCAGAGGGCAAGUGUUUUACCCGCACCAUCCACCUCACCUUUGUGCCUGAUGAGGAGAUAGGCGGACACAAGGGCAUGGAGCUGUUCGUGCAGCGCCCUGAGUUCAAAGCACUCAACGUGGGCUUUGCCCUGGACGAGGGCCUGGCCAACCCAUCCAACACCUUCAGUGUCUUCUAUGGCGAGAAGAGCCCAUGGUGGAUAAAGGUGAAGUGUGCGGGCAGCCCCGGGCACGGGUCCCGCUUCAUCAGCAACACGGCGGCUGAGAAGAUGCACAAAGUCAUCAACUCCUUCCUGGCCUUCCGGGAGAGCGAGAAGCAGAGGCUGAAGUCCGACUCAAGCCUGACCCUAGGGGAUGUCACCUCACUCAACAUGACCAUGUUGGAGGGGGGCGUCUCCUUCAAUGUGGUGCCCUCUGAAAUGGCAGCAGGCUUCGACAUCCGCAUCCCACCCACUGUGGACCUGAAGGCCUUUGAGGAGCAGGUGGCCGCGUGGUGCCGGGGAGCCGGGGAUGGUGUCACCUAUGAGUUUCACCAGAAAUGCAUGGACCAAAACAUCACCUCCACUGAGGAGUCGGACCCGUGGUGGAAAGCCUUCAGCGGGGUCUGCAGGGACAUGAAGCUGCAACUGAAGCUCGAGAUCUUCCCAGCUGCCACCGACAGCCGCUUCAUCCGAGCAGCAGGACACCCUGCUAUCGGCUUCUCGCCCAUGAACCACACCCCGGUGCUGCUCCACGACCACAACGAGUUCCUCAAUGAGCAAAUCUUCUUGCGGGGCAUCGACAUCUAUGCCUGGCUCCUGCCCGCCCUGGCAUCUGUGCCCCCGCUGCCCGCCGAGGGCUGAGCCCCCGAUGAGG